GAUGACAAAGCUCUCCAAGAAGAUGUGCUCGCCGCCGGCCCAGCACCGAGUCGACGAAAGUCCCGCGAUGCCAGGUCAGGUCCCAAAGCAGCGGCCUCCGCUCCGAAGCAACGGCGUGCCGAGUCCCCAGAUGCCCUGAAGAUGCUCGGGCUCCCCUCGCCGAGACAAGCCCGGACAAAUCCCAAACGCGUCAAAGCCAAACGUGCCGCCGCCGCGGCCGAGCGCCCAGCAAGCGCCAAGCGCGCCCCCGUCGAAGCCGACACGGCCAAAGUUGAGAAACAGUCUUCGAAGGAAAGCACGGCACAGCAGGACAGCACGACGAACUCCUUCCAACCCAUAGAAUUGCCUACAGCGCAAGCGUUCCGAGCGGCGUUCGCCGCGCCGUGGAAACGCGCCCCCGGCGGCGACGGCGACAUGCCCCUGAAGGAGACCGGCAUCAGCAGCGGCGGCAUCUCCGACAAGACCAAGGCGUCCUCCUCUUCGGGGCACAAAAGCCAGAUGCUCCAGGUCGUCGGCGCCGCGCCCGAGAAGCGAUUCCCCUCGACGUCCUCGCAGCAGGGGUCCCACGAGGGCAAAUCAUCCCCACCGUCGGAGAACAAGAAACCAUCGCAGCAGGAGAACAAGAGACGCGACCCUCCCGUCCGCGAACGCGCGCCCGAGGACAGCAGCUCACGACCCGCCGAUCCGGCAGCACCGGCCCCGCCACAACAAAAACAACAACAGGUCUCCGAAACCCCGUCCGCCGCCGAACGCCUCGGCCUGCCCAACGCCAACGCCGAAGGGGUGGAUCCCAACGACGACCGCCACAGCAGCAGCAGCAACAACAACAGCAACAGCGACGGUUCCUCGCCGAUGCCGCGCCGGUCCCGCCGCGUGGAGCAGUUCGUGCGGAAACUCCAGAGCCGCAAGAUCGCGGUGAAAUCGCCCAAGUGGCUGCCGGAGGGCGGCUUCCUGUUCGUAGGAUAGGAGAAGAGAAGGAAAAAGAAAGGAAAAAGAAAAGGAAAAAAAAGAAGAAGAAGAAGAGGAGAAGUCCUCGAGAUGACUGCUGGCGCUUUCCCUGAUGCGUUCCGCCUCCCUCUCUGCUGUACCCUCUCUCGCUAUUGAUUCGCGUCUAUCAAAAACGGGAGAGAAAAGAAAGAAGACAAAAAGAAAUACCCCCUCAGCUAAAUUCCAUCGUGUGUUUUUUCUCGACCCGAAGAUCAUCGCUCAUUCACUCGCUCGCUGGCUCACUCCCUCAUCAGGAAGUCUUUCCUUUUCAUUCUCAUUCUCAUUCUCAUUUCAUUCUUCUUCUUCUUCGUCGAUUCCAGCCUGACCGUUUCCCCGUCACGGGUUCCCCCCCCCCCCCCC